AUGAGGAGUUCUUUGCUUGUCACAAGACACUCAACAAGCACAGACUUUCCCAAGAAACAGACAAGGACAGGCAGACAUGCCUUCAGCACGAACACAACGCUAAGUCACAGUCCUGUCCUGGGAAGAAGGGUGCUCAUGUAUUCAUAUGGGAGGAGGUGGACAAAUUCUGGGUUCGUUGUUUGGUCCAACGGAACAAGGUUGAGGAAGAAUGGGUUGAUUUUGCCCAGUCCCAGCGCAUAUACGACUCGUUCAGGAAUGAGUGGGACCUCUGAAAACUGCUGGAUCUCGCAGCUCAAGCAAUAUACAACAACUUCUGCAGCGACAGUGAUAUCUAUGGUGGAUGUUUCACAGGUUUUGACGCCGACUUUGAGGAUGAUCUUCCUGUGGGACUCACUGCUUGAGUGCAGUCAACUUUGA